AGUAGUGACGCUCGGUCUCGCUCUCGCUACUCCACGUUUUCACUCGCCCUCUUUCGCGUUCAUCACUCCUACUACUUCUACUACUGCUGCUGCUGCUACUCAAUCUGCUACUACUGCUGCUGUCACUAACAUUGUUUUAGUCACCCACACCUCAGUUCUUUUAUUUUUUCCACAAGUUUUGAAUAUUUUCAAAAAUCUUCAGUUCACUUUCGUUUUUGCAUACAGUCCAAAUUCAAUACCCAGAUGAUCUAUUAACCACUUUUGUUCUUUCGCUCUGCAAGUCACCCGAUAACUUCACUAUUACUUCUUUCGUUUCUUAAUUUUUUUUCUUUUAAAGUUUUUCGCGCUCGGUUUUCUUCUUUUUCAUAGUCAUGUAAAGAACUGAGGAAAAUACAAUGCACUGCACGUACAAAAUAUUUUAGAACCGGUUGAAUAAGGACAGUUAACUAAAGCAUAUGAAAGAGAAUAACAAAAGAGUUGACGAGUUGAAGACUUUAUGAUGAACUGCUGUUUCAACGCCCGGGCACAGGAAAUUCAGGGAAUGUUUUGAGUUUGAACCUCCCGGAUUCUUUCCUUCUUGGACUAGGAACGAACGAGUUAUCCCUUUUAAACCUGUUCAGCGUAAAACAAAUGAAAGUCGCUUUCAGCAGGUCCCUGGACACUCCUGAACUCCAUGCUCUACCGGAUAAACUUUUGAGCCAGAUUAUAAGAAACAUCGAAAGCUUUCCCAAUGAAACCGUCGAUUUCAGACAACCGCAGCUCCGCCCAGCCUUCCAGAAGAUAUACCCACUGUUCCUACUUCUGUAUGGCCUCCUGGUGGUCGCGGGCACCAUCGGGAACAUGGCCAUGGUGACCCACCUCAUAAGGAGGCGACGCUACAGAGAGCCCGUCUGCACCUACCUCAUGAAUCUGGGCGUGUGCAACUUGAUCAUGAGCCUGCUGCUCCUUCCCCUGUCGCUGGCCAUCCUGCUCCUCCAGAACUGGAUAUUCGGGAGUUUCCUCUGCUACUUCGUGCCCAUGUUGCAGGACACUCCCCUCCACGCUACGAUAGCCACGCACCUACUGAUAUCGGCGGAGAGGUACUUGGAGAUAGUAUGCCCUCUACGACCUCGUCCAUCGGCCUUCAUCACCAUACUUGGCAUCUGGGUGACUUCCAUCUGUGUCGUCUUGCCCUACUUCGUCUACGUCCAUUAUGUUGACCUCGAGAGUCUGUUUGGAAGGCAGUUCAGAGGAGUUGGGAUCUGUACCGUAAAUAUGCGGGAUGACAUCGACGACUACACCAGGGUGCUGUUUGCAAUCAUGUACGUGUUGCCCUUGGGCAUCGCAACCUUUUUCCACGUGCGAACAACCAGCGAGCUGAAGAGGCAGGAGGGGCCAGUCUCCCUGGCCAUGAUGCAGGCGCAAGGGAGGCCCUCACAGCACGACAUCUGGAGUUUGCAAGAUAACACGCCUGGGUCAAGCUCCCUACUGACGGAGGUGGACGGGCGAGAUGGAUUCCUCGGCCACGGAGAAGGAAACACACCUUCCACGCCUACCAUCAUAGCAGGAGGAGGAAGUGGAGGAGGAGCGGGAGGGGGAGGAGGAGGAGGAGGCAGAGGAGGGAGGUCUUCUAUCCAGAUGAGGGAGGAGUCCCAGAUGGAUGUAGCUCGAGAAAAGAGGAAUCAGAAAUACCUCAUCUGCAUCCUCACUGCGUCCGCCCUGUGUCUGUGUCCUCUCAUGAUUCUCAGGUUAGUUAAGAACAUGGUUUUAGAGACGUACCAUAAUUCGGGUCAUUUCGACGUGACUUUCAUCAGUUUCGUGUGGGUGGCUUUCCUGCCCACUCUAACAACUCCUGCCAUAUUCGCACUGUGGAAGAUGCCCAGGUCUACAAAGGACAGACUUCAAGGUUACCUGAGGCUGAGCGGCCGCCGGCGCAGAUCAGACCAAGCACAGAACUUGGCUCCUAUCAUAACGACAAGCAACAACAGAGCCGCCCAUAGGCUCUCCCUUGAUCACACCAACACCCACCCAUACCAAGGAAUCCUUACGCCCAUAAUGAGUCGCGCCAAUCAUGUCCGCGACGUCGAUACUGUUCGAAUACUGGACCUCCCGCGCCGGCCUAGCCAACAGGGGAGGGCGUCCCACCGUUUGUCUCUGGAUUACACUUCUACUUCUUCUUAUCAUUUCAACCAUGGACUCCUGAGCCCUGUUCAUGGAGGAGGAGGAGGAGGAGGAGGAGGACCACCUAUACGUGGGCGCUCUGCUCGAUCGCAGUCCCUGGCACUACCUUCAUAGAAAACGCAGUCAUCAGAAGGACUCCAAACCACGACUCUUGGGAGAAAACCAGUUGCCAGUCAUCGCGAAUGAUGUCUUCCAAAUCUUAACUCAAAACAAAAACAGAAAACUAAUUCAAUGGCCAAAUAAGAUGGACAUGAAAGUCAUCUUCUCAAUCCAGUUUAAAUUAGUUAAAAGUUUUAUAUAUUCCUUAUUUUAUUUUUAACGGAAUUUGGUGCACAACCAUUGUUUCUUUAUAUACUUAUAUGAGCAUAUACACAAAUAAGCACGUGGAAGCAUAACACUUCCCUAUAUGCAGGUUGUAUUGUGUGCAAAGGUCAAUGAAUUUACGAGCAUGUAUACUGAUCGUCAAUGGCACCAUUAAUUAGUAAGCUUUUAAAAGUUUAUAGAACUGAGUAUUGACAGAUAAAAGACCGGAAGUCAUUUGGUCAUUCAGAGCUAAAAGUCUUUACUUAAAAUCUGCCGUAGCCUCAAAAUGAUGUCUUAAUCCGGGACUGACGUUUCAUCUACAAGUAGGAGCCUUUAGUACGUCAGUCAGUAUCUUCGUGAAAUGAGGCCUUCAAGUCGCAGUGCUGUGUUUGUGAGCCCGUGUACUGUGCGAGCAGGUUAAAAAAAAUAACACGUAUCCAAUUACUGCCAAACCUUUGAUAUAAUCAUUUGGUCUCAAUUGCUUGUCGGGUCAGAUCCGAGCGCAAUAAUCUUCGUGUGUGUUACCAGGAAGUUGUGGUGACAGGAAUAGACGGUAUAAAACGAAAGAAAUGUGUUUAAUUUCCAAUAAUAUGUUUAGAUGACAAAACGGGGCACAAUACUUGGAUAUUAUCUUAUUUUACCUUUUUGUUUCCAACGCUCUGGAAAAGUUUUUGACGCUUUUCAGGGAUAUACACCAGAUCUUUAUUGAUUUAUUACUAACCCGCAUUUUAGAAAAGAAUUGCUCGUCGUCUUUAUUUACUUAUCUACUGAUCAAAAUUCGAAAAAGAUUGAGAUGUUUUUUACUGAUUACUACUAAAUAUUUUGGAAUAGAUUUCCUCGUGGUUUUCAAUCGCGUAAUUGCCGGUCAGUAUAUCUAGAAAAGUUCUAGGUAUCGCUUUUAGUUACAUAAUUACUGAUCAACAUUUUCUUUAGGAAUGAUCACCAUUUUCUAUUUGCUUCGCUGUUAAUUAGUAUUCCGGGAAAGAUUUUCUCUUUCUUCUUUACUUUCUCAAUAUUUCAGAAAAUAUUUGGACAUAGUUUUGUUUUUUGAAGACACUUGGAUAUAUCACAUAUCUCCUGUUAGCUUCAUUACUGAUUCACUUGUGAAAGAUUUGCUUGUUUUGUUAUCUUAAUUGCUGACUAACAUUUUCGAGAUGAUGGAAACUUAACAUUAUAUUCAUUUAUCUACUUUUCCAUUAUACUUGAACCUGAAGGACGACUUGCACGACUUUUCCCCGCUCCGAAAGCGUAGUCACAUCUACUUGCUAUAUCCGUCUCCCCAUGUAGCGACUCGAUGGGAUGUAUGGUUUCGGCAGUACUACCCGGCGCCCUAUGAAGAGGUGUCAAACAAACUCUUCGUCUAGCAUCUUUGAGCGUCAAGCCUCCAAACUACGUGCUUAAAUAGCCAGCUACAGAGGUCAAGCUGAAGUCGCACCUGUUCUCGCUUGUAGAGCUUGACUCAGGAGAACGUGGGUGUCUUCAGUUUUGUGCCAAUAAACCGGAGCUAUUGGUAGUUCACGCUCAGGUUCCGCCCUUUGGCAAGAAGACCUGAGAUGACUCAGAGCCAGUUAAACCAUCCAACCUUAGUAGUGCACUGAUUGGUGGCAAGAUGCGAAAGAUGCCAGUCACGCAAUUCAGCUACGAUUUAGCGUGCAUGUUGCUCUUCUCGUUGCUCUUGCAAGUUGGUUGAUUAAUUUCGUUCACUGAUGUCCAAAAGAUGCAAUCUACUACUGAUUUCCCAAGGAAUAAAGCUAAUCUGACCAUCGUUAAGAAUAUUAGAAAUUUAAAUACUAAAUCAUAGUCGCUAAUCGGAGUUAAGAAUUUCACAUUUUUUUACAGUUAACAUUAUAAAAUUGCCCUAGAAGAUAUGAGAACUUCAAAAUAUGAAUGUCUGAUUCUUUCUAAUGCAUUAUUUCUUAUUGUAAAUUUCAUUCUUAAAGUAAAAACUUUUCAUGUCAAUGCCCUUUUAAUGCUGAAGCAAAAAAUUCAAAAUAUAUCACAGGAAGAAUAAAGGUACCUGACUGAGCAAAAGUUAUCAAUUCAGCUUCAAUUUCAGUAUUAUGAAAUGGUGCUAAUUAUAACAUAUUUAUGAGAACUUUUAAUAGGAGAUAAAGAAAAGUCCCUCCUACACUAAACUCCCUAUUUCUAUGUAUGUAUGCACAAACACAUCUACAUGAUAU